AAUAUCUCUGCAAUAAUCCGCAAAAAUGUACAUUUUAUUGAGUUGCACAACACAAUAAAAAAAAACAUUGCAACCGCAGCUAAUCCUUCGGUAGUAAAUUUUCCCCAGCUUCCCCAUUGCAAGGUCCCCACCCCAAAAAUCGAUGCCCUGCGGUUUUCCACGUCCAUAAACUAUAGCCACUAUAUGUGCGGGCCCAGAUUGACUCACUGCAUCCUAGAGAACCAACCAAGUUGGCUUGUUAAUUAUACAUGCAGGCUGAAAAUGUUGCCCAAAUAAGGAUCUCUGAAGAGCCCAGAGUGUGUGUGGGGAUAUAUUUGGAUAGUCGAGGGUGCCCAAAGGAAGUGCUGUGCAAAUGCAGUCGAGACCAAGGGGCACAUAAAGGCUCAAGAAGUUAAACCAGGCAGCUCAAGUAUGUGCCAUAUAAAACAUUCCUCGGCAGACACUUAAAGUCAGCACCAGUGGCUUAAGCGGGAUUUUGUUCAAGGGGGUGCCUCAGCCCCAUCGAAUCCUUAAUAUUUCAGUGGGUAAGCCCAUUUGAUUGCUUGACUUCUUCAUAAUUCGAUUAGCCUUUUGAUUUGCCACUUCAGACCGCCGCAAGUGGGUUAAUUCAUUAAGCUCAUUUGAAUUACUGAUUAUUUGUAAUGGCUGUUUGAGUGGAUUUAAGCCCCCCAGGACAGUUCCCAUACCUACACCCCUGGCCAAGAUAGCAUAGCAUAUGGCUCUAGUCUCCGUUUCGCCAGCGAUUUGCCGGCUCAAUGCACACAGAUUCCCACAAACGAGGCUUGAGAUUGUUGCCAUAUCGAGGUGGUUUCACUCGAAUUUGUUUAAAAAGCUGGUGGAUGAGGGGUAAAAUGUGGCUGCGGGGGGAUGCUCUUUGCGUGCCGCUGAGCGCGGGAAAUUGAAUUAAGUUUUCAUUUAGCAAAUAACUUGCAGCUGCCACAGCACAUACAAAUUGCAUUAUUUAUUGCACUUUGCAGAGGCGACCCCAAUAUAAACAAUCAUCACAUAAAUACGUAAUCAACAAGCGGCCCCAAAAAAAGGCAGACAGCGACUCCUUGGCAGGCGGCCAACGCCACAGACCACCACUCACCAGCCACCACCACCCACCAUCCACACCACCCAGCCACCUAACCACUGAGCCACCCACCACAGCAUGUAAAGCCCUGUGGGCGGUGGGAGUGGCACACACAGACAGCACUUUGGAGGCGACUUUUGGCUAGGUGUGGAUGAAGCGAUGUGAAGGCACAACAUUUUGCAAUAUUAAAGAACAGCAAAGGGAAGGAGGAGCCGGAGGAGCAGGAGGAGCAGGUGGGUCAGGUGGAGGAGGACCAGGACCUGUUGCAGACACGUCCACAAAGCGAGCGGAUUGGGUGAAAGCCUGUCUGGCUGGGUGAAAGGUGAAAGCGCCGAGCGUCGCAACACAAUGGCCGUAAAUGUACUGGACUACGAUCACUUCGCCAUCAGCGCCAUCGUGGUGGGCAGUCUGCAGUUGGUCUUCUUCCUGAUCAACUCGGUGCUCCAAAUGGACAAGCUGACGGACUUCGCCGGCGGCGUUAACUUCAUCAUCAUCUCCCUGCUCACUUUCUUUCUCGGCCAAAUCGAUCGGCCAUCGAAGGCCUACGAUAGUCGCCAGCUGAUGGUCACGCUCUUCGUUUGCCUGUGGGGCGCUCGGCUGUCCGGAUAUUUACUAUAUCGGAUCGUGAAGUUGGGCCGCGACAAGCAGUUCGAGGAUACCCGUCGCAACAUCAUCCGCUAUGCGGUCUUCUGGACCUUCCAGGCUGUUUGGGUGUACAUUGUGUCACUGCCUGUAAUUAUAAUUAAUUCACCGCGCCACUCGCAGCCACGUGCCCCAAAGACCAUGACCACGCUGGACUCCACGGGCACGGGCAUGUUCAUCGUUGGACUGCUGGCGGAGACCUAUGCGGAUCUGCAGAAGUUCUCCUUCCGCCAGGAUCCGGCCAAUCAGGGCAAGUUCUGCAAUGAUGGACUGUGGAGCGUGUCGCGGCAUCCGAACUACUUUGGCGAAGUGGUCAUCUGGUGGGGCAUCUUUGCCAUAUCCCUAAACGUGAUCAGUGGUCACGAGUGGGUGGCGAUUGCCUCGCCCAUUUUCACCACGAUGAUCAUCCUCUUUCUGUCGGGGAUUCCCCUGCGCGAACGAAGUGCCGAUGAGAAGUACAAAGACCAACUGGAGUAUCGGAAGUACAAAGCCUCCACCUCGCCGCUGAUACCAGUGCCUCCUGCUGUCUACGUGGAGGUGCCCAGUGCUCUGAAGUUCAUCCUGUGCUGCGAGUUCCCCAUCUACGAUUCGAUGCGGAUUCAAAAGGACCUCAGUCCGUACUCUCUGUCCAUAGCGCGCUCCCACUCGCACAUCUAGCAGUCAGUGGCCCACUCCAGCAGUGCGGCUGGGGUGGGUCAGAUGAACGCCCAUGGCCACUCGGUGGGUCACUCGCUACACCGGGGUCAGUGCUAUGGAGCCAAUGGCGGCGAUGCCGAGAGCCACCAGAACUGCGGCGGUAGCUGCCGGAACGUGCACGUCAAGUCGAAUCCGUACCAGUGCGAAGCGGGCUAUGGCCACUAUCCGGUUUGCCACACGGACGACGAUACGGAUGACGGGAUCAUCUACAUGGACCGCACCCACUUCUAUCACGACCAGGAGCAGCCGCACGUGGUGAAAUCGGUGGCGGUGCCCAGUACAAAGUGCAGCUACCUGGCCGAGGAGGAGCUGGCCUCCGACUACGAUGAGGAUGUGCCGGCCAUCGAUCUCAGCAAGGCCACCAGUGUGGAGAGCUUCGGCACCCGGGUGCAGACGGAGCAUGCCGUGAACGCCGAUGGGUUGCCCGUGACAGUGACCACGAUUUUGUGAUUGCCACUCUAAGAUUUGGUCGCGAUCAGUGUCAGGUUGUUCGGAUCGGGUUUUUAUAUCGGUUGUACAACGGGGUGGAACUCUUUUGCUCGAAUUUUAUACCUUUGAAAUAAUUAUCUGCUUUUUGAGGAAUAUAAAUGUUCAGCAAAUUCAUGCCGUGAAGUAAUAUUCUUCUUUACUAUUGAGAUUUAUUUAUUCGCAAUUUGGUAAAUAGAUAAAGAUAUCUUUUUUU